AUGACACGUGCACUGUUGUUUUUCUACUUGAUGACUUUAGCUUUGAGGUUUUCGAAAUCGAUCAAUAACUACGCUGCAGUGAACACAUUCUAUCCCUUUCUCUCUCAGGAUGGUGCUGAUCCAUGGGUUUAUAAACAUCCUACGAAUGGAUUUUACUAUGCAACGAAAUCUACUCAGACCAAUGUCACCAUUUGGCGAUCACGUUACUUGUCUACAUUGGACAUCGGACAAUCGAAAGUAAUCUGGUUACCCAACAAUACGACAGCAUGUCGCGAUGUUUGGGCGCCGGAACUUCACCUUAUUCAACAAAAAUGGUAUGUUUAUUUUGCUGCAACAACCUGUGAUGGAAACAAUGCUAAUCAUCGCAUGUUCGUCUUGGAAAAUGAAAAUGAAGAUCCAUUUCAAGGUGAAUUUCAAUUUCGAGGGCAAUUAACAGAUGAGACCAAUAAAUGGGCAAUUGACGGGACAGUAUUCGAACAUCCAUUGACAAAGGAGUUGUAUUCCAUAUGGUCUGGAUGGGAAGGAGAUAUUGAUGUCAUGCAAAUUCUUUACAUAGCUCAUAUGUCGAAUCCGUAUACUAUCGACUCCAAACGUGUAGAAAUCGCUAGGCCUACGUUUGCAUGGGAAACUAAUCAUUCUCCACAUGUCAACGAAGGACCCGAAGUGAUAAUUUACAAUCAAACUAUUAACCUUGUAUUUUCGGCUUCUGGGAGUUGGACAAAUGAUUAUUGUAUAGGUUUAAUCACUGCUCAUAUCAACGCCAAUCUAAUGGAUCCGGUAUCGUGGAAAAAACGUUCUGAACCUCUUCUCAAAAGUGAAAAUGGUUUGUUCGGUCCAGGUCACGGAAGUUUGACUAGUGAUAAUUGGCUUGUUUUUCAUACAGCCGCAUACAAUGGCUCCGGAUGGACACGACAAAUUCGACUUCAACUAUUCUCGUGGAAUAAAGAGGAUGGAACACCAAUUUUCACUGAGCUUUCUGAUCCUAACAAACCGAUUACUCUACCUCAAAAUGAACCCCAACGUCACCGGUAUCAACUAGACUUGCCAGUUCAUCACGCAACAUUCAAUGUAGAAGCGCACAUGACGGGAUUCCAUACUAUUGUAAUACAAGUUCGCUCGAAAGAGCGCACUCAAACAACGAAUUAUUUAAUUACAAUCAAUAACAGUACUACUUAUACAAUGGAUGUUCUAUACUCCGAUAAUUGGAGUUCAAUUUUAGUUUCUGUGCAAUUACAAAGUGGACAAAAUACGAUUGAUCUUACGAACAUUGGAGCUACACCAGGUGAGAUAUAUUCAUUAGAUUUAGUUUCCACAAGCAACAAUAGAUCUCAUGCUACGGGACUAUCUAUCUUAGUAUUUUGUCUAUCCUUUUUAAUACAUUUUCAAUAA